AUGGCAGAGCGGCUGUCCAGGCUGCCGCUGGUGGCGAUGGCGGUGGCGGCGAUGGCCAUGGCCGCCGCAGCGCAGGACUGGUCGUGCCGCAUGGUGCCGGUGGAUGCAGACUCUGCGCAUGCGGGGUGCGGCCUGCCCUUCAGCCUGUCCAACUUCCAGGGCUACUUUCCAUGCGACCCACGCGUCAAGGUGGCCCGCCCAAGAACCCUGGAAGAGCUGCAGGCCGUGGUGGCAUCCCACCCCAAAGUCAGGGCCAACGGCGUGGGCGCCAGCUGGUGGCCGGCCCAGUUCUGCGCGGGCACAGACUCCAGCUCAGUCAACGUGGUCAUGACUGAGCUGGCCAGCACCCUGGAGCUCAUCAAGGCGCCUGUGGACCCUGUGAUCUGGCUCAACCGCGCCAUCCCAGACUCCUUCCCAAUUAAGGUGGACGAGGAUGCGCGCACCGUGACCGUGGCUGCCGGCAUCCCGCAGCGCCUGCUCCUCGACUACCUUUCAGAGUACCGGCACUGGAAGGAGCCCGCAGGUGGGCGGCUGCACUCCUUCACCUGGUACACCGAGCAGACGAUCGGCGGCGCGGUGGCGACAGCUACACACGGCUCGACUAUGAAGCACGGCUCGCUGUCCUCGCAGGUGGUGCGCCUCACCGUGCUGCUGGCCAACGGCACCUUCCUGGCCGUCACCCCCGCCACCAACCCGCACCUGUUCCGCGCGCUGGCCACCAGCGUGGGGCGCCUGGGCGUGGUGACGGAGCUGGUGAUGAGGAUCCGGCCCCAGAUGGCGGUCACCAAGUCGCUGCAGGAGAUCAACUUCAAGCAGUUAGCGCAGCAGAUCAAGGGCAGCCAGGACAAGUACGUGGCGGCCAGGAAGGCGGGCAGCGUGGACGACAUGAAGCGGGCGCUGUUUGAGGUGGAUGAGACACAGAGCCUGUGGAUUGUGGAGUCCAACGCCGUGUGGCGCACCGACUUCACCCACAGCGAGAAGGAGCCGCUGAGCGUGCUGCUGAAUGUGGGGGCCGGCGGCCAGGAGCCGUCGGUGGCGGCCUUCAGCGGGCCGGAGGAGGGCGUGGUGUUUGAGCAGAAGCGGAAGCGGCCGGUGGCGGCCAACCGGCGCAUGAGCGGCAACGUGGCGUACUGGGGCCGCUUCUACGCCACGCUGGGCCGGGAGUACGUCCUGCCGGGCACCUUUGAGAGCAGGAAGUGCUACCUGAGCAUGACCGAGCAGGGCACGCGGCUGACCAGCACCUUUGCGCCCUACAUCCAAAUGGAGGUGGCUGUGCCGUUUGAGGUGGCGGGCGACUGCCUGCUGGAGCUGAACCGGGAGAUUUACGGCAGCAGGCGGCUGUGGGAGGGCUUCCGCAACCCAGCGCUGAUCCGGUUCAACAAUGGGGAGGAGAUGUACCUGAGCCCCAACCACCAGGGCCCUCACCUCUGGGUGAACAUGGAGGACUGGGUCAGCCUGUCCAGCGGCGUGCCAAACGACAAGUUCCUGGCCGUCAUCAGGAUGUUCAGGUGGGAGCGCGGCCCGGCCGUGCUGCUGCCGGUGGGGCAGGAGAUGGGAGCAUGGGAGCGCUGCCAGGCGCGGCUGCAUUGGGGCAAAGCAGGCUGGGACGAGCUGAGCCAGUGCUUUGACGGCGCCAAGGAGUACCCCUCCACCUGGUGCCACUUCGGCUGCGCCGCGCAGGAGCUGGACCCCACCGGCAAGUUUGCCGGCGCCGGGCAGGGCGCCAAGGAUGUGUGGAAGUGGGGCGCCACGCGCGGCGGCAGGCCCGUGCCCUUUGCCUCGUGCUGCACCCCGCAGGGCUUCUCGCCCGACUGCUCCUGCGCCUCGCGUGGCAGCUGCUCCUCGUGA